CAAAUUUAUGUUUUCCCAAUGUAAAGAUGUUAUUGGAUGGACUAUUUUUCUUUGAUCACUGAAGUCAAGGGGGAAACAAGUAUUAUUCAACAUGCUUAUGGAUUUAAAUAAUGAACUUGGGUUAUAUAAAUGCAAAUUAUUAUAGAUAUGAAACACUGAGAACAUGUAUACUCAGUGUAUUUAAAAGUUUUGCUCUAUGUGCUUGCAGAUUUUGGAUUCAAAAAUUGUUUUGUAUAAUGAGAAGAGAGAAAAAGUGGUCAAAGCAAGCCUUGAUAUCACUAUGAACAGUAAAAUGAUUUUCCAGGUGCACAGAAUUGGCAAACAUAACAAAGAUGAAGUAUUAGAGAAAGCAGAGAAGGAUCUACAAGCUGUGAGGGACCAACAUGUCUCUCGAAUUGUGAAAGAAUUGAACGGGAAUGACUUUUGGAAGCUGAGGCGUGCAUACUCACCUGGGGUACAAGAAUAUGUUGAGGCUGCAACAUUCUGCAAAUUCUACCGAGCUGGAACUCUUCUGAAUCUUGAUGAAAUGAAUGCGACUUUCUUACAUCUGUCUAUUGAGCCUCUGCAGAUUAAUAUACUUGACUACCUUUUGGGGAGUUUCUUCAUGUGAAAGCAUGAAAAUGGGCUGCUUUCGUGAGGACUAAAAUGAGAAAUUAUGUGACUGGGAACACAGUUGAAAAGACCUUUCGAGCUGGAGUUUCGGUAUGUUUUUUGAAAUGAUGCAAUUGAGUUUUAUGGCUGUUUUUUCGAACCUCUUCACCCUUAAUCUUGGGGUUGGGAGAGUUGGUUGGUUCCGUUGUCAUGUGGUUAAGACAUUUAUGGUUUUCUUACAAUUAAGUCAAGUUCAAUUUGAUUAUAUUCAUUGUAAUGUUUAGCUAACAGUCCUCUUCCGUAUGAAUUGUUAGACAUUUAUGGCAUUAUUGAUGUUAUUUUAGAGGGAACAUUAACAAAAGAAUGUAUAUGCCAGUGUGUGUGUAAUGUGUAUGAGUGGAUUGUAGUACAAACUUGGUGACUACUUUUUAUGUGAAAAUUAGAAGAGAAAUAGAAUAAAGCAAAUCGAUGGCAAGACGGAUUUCUACAAUAAAAACCUUCAUAGGCCUAAUAGGUUGUAAUACAGACUAGUACAAUUGUAGAAAACAGGAACAACGAAAGAUGUUGGAACUUAGACACUUUCUGGAACUCAAUUUAUUAUCUCAUGCAAUAAUUGCUACUUCAGCUAAACACCUUCAAUAUACAAAUGUGCCAUUCUAUUUAUAGUAGUGUAGGUGGAAUUAAAUUCUUCUUAGUUCUAGCUACUAACUCCUAAAAUAGGGACAUGCAUGAUAGUAGUUCAUAUUGAGACUCCACAAACUAGUUAGUUAACAUAAUCAAACACAGGACACCUAAAAGAACUCCACCAAUUAUAGCAAUUACAUAGUUUAAAUGAAUGAACUGAACUACCUAAAUGCACUAUUAGAUAUGAUAACUAACAACUAGUGGUGUUGUUGUUGUUGUAUGCUUGCUGCUGUACAACAACAACAACAAAUUUUUUUAUAAAAAAAAUACUUCAAGUGCUCCGGUUGUUAGGAAAAAAACUGGAGCACUUGAUUCUUAAGUGCUCCGGUUAUCUCUUAUCAACCGGGGCACUUAAAGAAUUUGAACAUAUAAAAUUCACAAGUGCUCCGGUUUUUAAGACAACCGGAGCACUUGUAAAUCUAAGUGCUCCGGUUUUCCGGAGCACUUGAUAAAUACUCAAUUGCUCGUAUGAGGUCUGCUACGGGUCAAAUACGGAGCACUUGUAUGGUUUUUAACCGGAGCACUUGAUAUUUUGUUCACUAGUUUUUAUUUGCUUUCAAAAAAAACAAAAAAAAAAAUCCAAAAAAAUACAAAAAUAUGAUGCUCAUGACUGGUUUGAUUGCCUCCUUGUGCCCCAUGCUGUAUUUGGAUUGAAAAAUGAUUUGACUUUGUUUUCUGGAUAGCUGGACAUUUCUGAUUGUGAGGCUAUGAUGUGAUGUUUGAUUGUUAUGACUCUGAGCAGAUUAUGAUUAUUAUACACUGCAUUUGGCUGCAUGCCUGAAAUGGUUAGACUGUGAGGCUUAUCUCUUGCCAAUUGGAUUCAUGUCAUUAUCCAGUCUGUUUCUUGUGUGUUAGUUCCUCAUUAGCUGACUGAUCUUGACUUUGACAACGUCCUUAUUGAUAUCUGAUGCCUUGUAGCAAUUAUUAUGAUAGAGGCGUUCUUUUGUCUGAUUCCCGAGCCUUAGAGUGAUUUUUUUAUAUACUUUUAUCCUCCUCAUCCUUGUUGAACCUAAUGACUACUUCAUGUUACUAAACCUCAUUACAUGACCAUGGCCCUUAUUCUGACGAUAUUAUUCCCAAGCCUAGCUUCGGGGAGCAUUUGUAUAAGUUAGUUUCUGAGAUGGUUAUUAUGAGUUACUUGGGAUGGAGAUGAUUGUAUUUUGUAUGGUUCGAAGUUUGAGAAAAAGAAAAGAUAAAUUGUUGGAUUGAAAAAAUGCAAAGAAAAAGAAAAAAAAAGAUUAAAAAAGUUCAAAGUUCCUUCUUUCACAUUGCUUGCAAAGAAAAAUCCCUUACAUUGCUUCAAGAAUGGGUUUCCUUGAAGAUUUUAUUGAUUCAUAGAGUUGGGAUAUUGUUAUUGCUUUUGUGUUUUGGGUGAUGCAUAGGACUCACUUGACCUUGUUUUAGUGACUUUUGCUCCCCCAUUCUUGGUUUUCCACCAUAUUUCCUAUACAUAUUCCAUACCCUUACCUAAGCCCCUUACAACCCUAAAAAACUCCUCUUGAAAUUUUGUUUACAUUGUUUAUUAGAUUGAUGUGGAGUCAAUUUGUCAAAGUUAAAGAGUAUGUCUGCUAAUCGAGUCGACUUAACUAGGAUUAGCGAUAUCAUACCUUCUUAAACCUAUGAGAGUGUGAGGGAUAUUUAUAGGUCGGGUCGGUGAGUAUUCGGGCACUUUAUUUGCCUGCUACAAGAUUGCGAGGAGUAACACCUUGGUGAGCACCCUUUCAAGAUGUGCAUGUCAUGUAAGGCAAUUAAGUUUGACAAUUUGCUUGGGUGAUUGGUAGUUAGAUUAAUCUAAACAGCUGAACUUAAAUUUUUCCUGUUUGAAUGGUUCUUAGUCAUGAAAAUAUUUUGAACUGUGAUUUUCCAAUCUGAGGGGUGAGGCAAUUAUUUUCAUGUUCAUGUCUUGUUUACUUGACGACAAGCAAAUGUUUAACUUGGGGGAAUUUGAUAUGUCAUAAUUAUAUAUAGUUUUUAGAUGUAUUUUGAUUGCAUUUAGAACUCUUUUUAGAGAAUUUAUGUGCAUAAUGUCAUGAAUUACGUAAGUUGUGCUCUACUACUCUCCGUUUGUGUGUUUCGAUGAAUUUCAAGUUAUUUUGAUGCUAAUUGAUUAUGAUUAUCUAAGAUCAAGCCUAUUAAUCAUUGAGGAUGAAGAUACCUUGCACAAGAAUCACAAUGCAUCCGUUUGAGACAAUUUCGAGUUAGAAUGAAGCAAAUAAUUAGUGAAAGAAGUGCCAAAACUGACACUUAUUCACUAUUUGGAUCAUAAUUUUGAUAUAAAAUUUAUAAUCAAGAAAUUUCAAUUGGGUUGGAAGCUAGACUUCAUGGCCUUUCCAAUGAUAGGUCACACACCCCAAACAGACUUCUGGUUUGAGAGAUACAGCCUUCGCCAGUUGACACAAAAUCGUAGUUUUCCCGCUCGGUCGACUGGGCGGUUUAGCCCGACCGGGCAAGACGAGAACUCCUUCAGCAUACAAGCCAAACAGCCCGGUUGACCGGGCAAAAAAGCGGCCAAAUUUGUUUACGCGUCCGACCAGGCGGCCUUGCCCGGUUGACCGGGCAAAAAUUGUUCAUUUGCUCGUAAGUUCAAGACAACGUCACCCGACUUGGCGGUUUUUCGAAAACAUUAAGUUUUGCCUUUUUUAGCCGGUUUUGUGAAAACUAUAAAUAGGUUUUUGUAUUUUUAGUAGGGCAUCCAUUAUUCUGCGUUUUUAGGUUUAAACACUUAGUUUUCUCUAUCUACUUUGGUAUUAACUCUUUGCUUUGAAGAUUAUAAAGAUCAUUGAUUUCAUUUUUAUUGUUCUUCAACCAUUCGAUAUUCCUCUUUACUUUGUUUAGUUUGAUGAAUUUUUCUACUUGCAUUAUGUUUAUUGAGUUUAUUAUUAUCAUGAGUGAAUAGUCUUUUCUAGGGCUUAGUGAGGGAAGCCACGUUUAUACCUAUUUGAUUGUGGUUUAAAGUUCUUUGAUAUUUCGAUUGAACUAGAGUAAUUCCUAUUGAUUUUCUAUGCUUGUUUAUGUAAUAGCCCUAAUUUUAAGAGCAAUUAUUAAAUGUUGAUUAUACUUAUUAAGUUAAUUAUGUU